UGGGUAUGUAUUUAAGAUUUACUAGGACAUUUGUGUGUUUACCAUUUUGCUUUUUACAUCUUAAAUCAAACUUCAGAUAACAUGUUAGAAUAGUCGAUAUCGUGCAAAUGAACAUGGUUCAUCAAAUAAUGGAUGCUGUAUUGACAUUUAUACUGUGUUCCACCUUUCCCAGUGUCUCCACAUUCAGUAGAAUCAGGGAAAAGGUGGGGAUGUUGGAAUUGGUGGGGAAGGUCGGGGAUUUUUCUUUAAAUCCAGGAAUUAUGGGAAUCCCCCAGUGAUAUUAAUUGGAGGGGAAAAUGCAAUGCUCCAGUUUGCUGUCUCCCUGACUCCAAAAACAUUUUUUUUUUUCGAAUAGUAAUUUGGCAUGUAGUCAUGCACAUUAUAAAAUGGUGUAUGCAAAUUUUUAUUUGUAGUAAAGAAAGUGUAUGAUUACUGGGUCAGUAAUGGGGAUGGUGGGAGCCGGAUUUUCUUUAUUUCUUUUAUAAAAAUGCAAAAGGUGAAUUAUUUUUAAAAAUGAAUCUGAGAAAUUUGAAAAUUUGGUCAAAGAACCAUCAGAGGAAUGUUGUUAUUGCAGAUACGUGCGUACACCCUGUUUGUGCAAAUGCUUACCCUGCGGAGAACACGUUGGUCAUAAAAGUGUUUGUUCUAUAAGUGCACUUCCAGUGUCCUGGUAUCAGGACAUCAGCAUAGGACAGAAUAAGGAACUUUUAGACAGACAAGUAUUUCCAGUGACAGUGCUACCCAACCAUGUCUCCUUGCGUUCCUCAGACUCCAGCAGUAAUGUCUGUCUGGAAAAGGUUUUGGUAGCUUUCAUUCUAAUGGUGUGGGACCUUAUUCAUGCUUGUGAGCUUUUCUUGGAAAACACCCAAUUUCAACCAAUUUUACACUUUGUACACGUUUGUAUUCUGUUGGAACACAUUAACUAAACAAAUCAAAUACGUAUUGUGGCAUGACAUUCCUGUGGUGAGUACCGUGCUUCGCAACUGCUCAGUUUAUCUGCCUGAUGGUCCCAGCCCAGCCUAAUGGGGUGCGAUGGGCCCAGGAGGUGUCCCCAGGGAUGCUCUGGCAGUCCUCGGUGGGGGAGUCGGCGUGUGCUCUCUCGCCCGUCUGCCGUGGCUCACACUCGUGUCUACGAAGAGAGAGGCUGAUAUGUCACAUGUCGGUAUGUUCGUGUGAACAUGACAUACAAAAUUUACAUAUUUUAAUUGUGUGCACUUACACUUUUAUUCUGGGACAGUAAAAAUAGUUGUAGAUUAGUGUUCUGUACAUUCGUGAGGUUUCACAAAAAAAAUAUGGUAGUUCUUCUUGUCUAUUAAUUAUGUUUUUCUACCAAGUGCUUUACAGUGGUAGUGAUAGUUUGUUUUAUAAGUGUUUAUGUUAAUGAUGAAUUAUUUGCCUGGUAAUUGUCAUGAAUUAAAUAAACAUUGAUUUUAUGAAUAAUAAUUUACUGGUGUGGUUUGCAGCAUAAAUAUUUUAAUAAAUAUGAAAGCAUUUAGUCCAACAAACACUGUCUUAACUGCUUGUGUAAUUAAGAAAAUUAUCCUGCAUGAUACAAGCACAUAGUCCACAAAUUUAUAUUUUAUUUGCAAUAGGUAAAAAAAGUAGAGGUAAAUUUUGGAUUAUAUUGUGAAAAGAAAGGUGUAAGGGAAGGAGAGAUCCAAGCCUAUUUUGGGCACACAGACCACUUGUGUAACGACUGAUUGCUCAGCAGUUUCAGUUGUGCCGAUGGUCGGUGCUGAGCAAUUCACCUCGGGCCCACCGCGAGCCACCGAGGACUCGUGACGGCGGAGAAGUCGCAGCUGUCGGACAGGAAUAUUAACGACCCUGCUCUUACGGCGGUGCCGAGAGCAGACACGAUUCUGCCGACUCAUGAACCGGUCGCGGAGAGAGAGCAAAAAAAAAACUGAGCCAGCAGCCUCACAUCGUGAUGGGACCAUUGUGUGCCGCGGGGCGAGGAAUGGUGUCAGAAGCCCAGUUGGGGGAGGAGGGGAGGAACGUGACCUUGACCUUCUCAGGAGCAACGACCGAGGCUGGCCGCAAGCAGCUCAGUUGAGAGCGUGCACGCGACUCGCGGACACGUGUAUCUCGCUGCCACCGCCGCCGUGCGCCUCUGCCAUCGGUACGACUUCACAUUCUCUAUCUUUACCUUGGUGGAGGAACGCUAUAUCUACAUCCAAAGAGGUAAUAAUGACUCACUCAAUAAGAAUAAUAGCUUUGUCCUGUUACGUGCUGAUCUCUGUGGAUAGUCAACAUGCUGCAGACUUGGGAAACAGCAUUUGGCACCGACUUGGCUCACAAAAGGAUUAUAGCAACGCAGCAGCGCGGAGCAGCGAGGAGGAGGUGUGUCGCACUCAGAGUGGAGCCCUGGGAGUGUGCUACAGCGAGGCAGACUGCGAGGAGCUGGGCGGUAUGGACCUGUCUUCCUGCGACGAGAACAACGGUGUCUGUUGUAUAGUGGAGAAGAGUUGUCGUAACACUUCCGCGCAGACUGUGUCGUAUUUCGUCAACCCGAGUUACCCCAACGUGGACACGGUAGGCUCAUUCUGCGACUACAGAAUUGACGUAAUCAACGAAAAUAUCUGCCAAAUCAGGUUGGAUUUUGAUCGUUUUUCCAUCAUGGGACCCCAUUCUUCAAUGGGAAUUUGCCGAAACGACAGAUUCAUGGUCAUGACAACACUGCCAAAUGGCUUUGGACUGUCUGAGUUGUGCGGGGAAAACUUUGGGCAACAUAUAUAUGUUCCAGUCGACACAGCCGCAACCGACGGUGUUUCUGUCUCCCUCAUGGUCAUGACGUCCGGUCUUAAGCCGUACGAGUGGAGAAUACAAGUCACGCAAAUCGACUGCGUAGAGAACCCGGAACUUGUCGCCCCGGCAGGCUGUCUGCAGUACUUCACCGGCGAGGCGGGCAGCAUCCAGAGCUUCAACUACGACAAAGGCCAGGGCCACUACCAGAGCAACCUGGACUAUGCCAUGUGCAUCAAGCGACUACCAAACACCUGCCAGAUUGUAUACAGACAAGUGGACGGCUCCAAGUUCUGGAUCAACUCCAUCGAUGGGGAGGCGCUGGAGGAAGGCGUGGGGCGCGCGGGCACGCUGGCCUGCGACACGGCCACGCACGACUACCUCUACCUCGUGGACGGCCGCGGCGGGGGGCCUGACGAGCUGGACGCCUACGGGGACCCGGUGGCCCUCACCGCCAGCUCCUGCGACAAGUUCUGCGGCCGCAGCCUGUCGGGCCUGGCCGUGGUGGAGACGGCCGAGAAGCUGCGCACCGGCUACAUCCUGGAGCCGCCCGACAACACCUCCUUCCCGUCGCCCGUCACCAGCCAUGCGGCAGGACCGAUCACGCUGAGGUUCCACUCGGACGAGGUGACGAGGCCGCUGCGAGAGACAGGCUUCCACAUCCGCUACCAGCAGAUGGCCACCGGCUGCGUGCGCGCACACAGAUAGUAGUGGACGGCUGUUGCUACUACACACCAGCACACGCGUCGGCCGUGUGUUCAGGGACAUCACGUACCUAACAACCACCCAGUGUCAGUCAGUGCAACUAACUCAACUCUGCUCCGGAGAGAGACAAUACCGAUUCAUCAAACUGACACCACUAACUAAUACUGCAAAAUUAUUGUGACAACUGGCCACAAACAAAUUUAUCUCGAGUGUCUAAUUUAUAAAAAUUUUCUCUUGUUGGUUUUCUUAUUAGAAAACUAUUAAGUUAAUUCUAUUAUUAAUAUUCUUAAUUUCAGCCAGAAUUUAACCCAAGGGCAUAAUUGGCAUGACACUAGAGUAUUAUCCGCCAAUUGGUUCUGCAAGUAAGUAAUGGUCAUUUGUUCAGUAAGCCUAGUAUGGAAAGUAAUAAAGUCUAUACAAGAUGUCACUCACAAUGGUACCGACAAUACCAUAUCUAAAGUGUCAGAAGUAAUGAAAUACUAUGUUGCUUAGUACCAUUUUCUUAAUUUCUCUGUAAUUUUUAGUGUGAAAUUAUUAAAAAACAUAUUUUAAGUUAUCUGCCCAACUUCAAUUGACGGAGAAAAUAGGAAGUUAUGUUUCACCUAGUUAAGUCUCCACUAUCGUUGGAGACAAAAAAUUUGACAAACAUAUUUUAGAACCAGUCCUAUAUAUAAUUUUUUAAUGAAAACUCAAGUCAUCCAACUUGUAAAAAAAAUUAAUACUCUCUGACAUUAUUUGACCAAACACAUGGAAAAUGUUGAAAGUGAAAGUUUUAUAAGGCUUCAAGGAGUUAUUUUUUUAAAUAAUUUAAUACUGAACACUAUUUUUUAUGUUUAGUGUAGAUGUAUGUUGCAUUUCACAUUAAAUGGUAUGAACACAACA